UGUAGAUUCAUAUGAUUUAACCAGGUGCUUUUUUAUUAUCAGGGAAAGAAAAACUCCUUCUCAUUGGAAGAUUGCAGUCAAAAUGGUGAUUCUCUAAGGUUAGUAGUGAAAAAAAAAUUGUUUGCUCAUUUUUACAAAUCUGACAUGAAUACUUAAAUUUAACUAAGUUGAUAUCCAUUUUGGAUGAAAACACUCACCUUUGGAUUUAGAUUUCCAAGGUAUAAAUUUGUGGUCGUCGGAUCUCCAUUGUCGAAAGAUCCUAUAUCUCCGGUUCUCAUAAAAAGGUCUAAUUCAUUCUCUAUUGGUGUCCGAACUGAACCUUUGUAUUUAUGCCUUUCCUCCCUUUCUUCCUGGAUCCUGAAAAUAUAUCACUUCUUCUCACAAUACUUUUUACAAACACAUCAAAACUUUAAUGUGUAUUACAUAUAAUGUAUUUUCACUCCUGUGUGGUACAUAUCCCCAGGUAUGUGAAAUCUUCAGCUUCUUAUGCAAUAUCUAUUAACUGUCUACUCAAUGCUGAGGCUUCUAACUGAAUGUUUCAGUAUUUGUAUUUAAAUAGUGCCAUCGUUGCCAACAGAUUUGCACCAAACAUAAUUGUUUUACUGCCACAUACAAAAAGAUGACUCAAAAUUGUUACUGAUACCCAUUGGCGUUGUGCAGUUACAAAUCCCCAGGGAUAUUUAACAGGCUGCAUGCCCGGAAAAAAAAUAAAAAUAUCCUCUGGUGCCAAUUUGAAAAUAAUACACCUGAUAGUACUCUAUAAGUAGGCCCAUAUGUCACAGCGGUCGAAUCGCUUACUUAUACUGAUCCUCAUUUCGACCGCUCGCACACAGAAAAUAUAAAUGUAGCUCCGUAUGGUAGUCAAUUUGUUAACAUGUGAGUUUACCUGUAUUAGAGCUAUAUCAUUAUUGUUUUAAGAAGAUAUCUCCUUAGAGCAGUACGUACACGCUUAAAGAUUAGUGUUGAAAAUGAAGAUAUCAUAAGCACUUACUGUCUUAGCUCCUCCAUGAAAGUUUCAAGAUUACUCUUAGUCUGAGACUUUUUCUUCCCUAGCCUCUCAGGCUUUUUGUCAUUAGCAAGCAAUUUUGCGUACUGAUAAGCUCUCUCUGCUGAUGAAUAAGCUUCUGUAGUUGGUGGUGCUAUUCUUGAUGUCGGCUUAUAUAACUUCCCUUUGUCUUUUGUAUCCUCCUCUAUAAAAGAAUAUUUUGAGAGUGUUUACUUACUUUACCAGAUCACACAUACUUCUAGCUCCUGCAUCAUAAGUACCAGCUUUUACCCAAACUUUGGAACUCCCAUUUAGUGGUGCUUCUUGGAACGUCUCCACAAACUCUUGAAAUACCUGAAAAUAAGGUGCUUAUAUUGUGACCAAAGGCUACAAAAAUCUAUAAAAAUGAGUGAUUUAUCGCCAAUGCACACCAGAUGACACCUUGCCAUUUUUACUGCUACACAACCAGGCUAGUAAAGUUACAUAUCCCUGGUGAUAUGUAACAUAGUUAAAGUGACAAAAUAGUUUUGUCUUACAUGUGCAGCAGCUUUUUCUUCUUCUCUUUUUCUCUGCUCUUCCAUUUCCUUCUUGGACAGUAUUCGUUUGCCCAUUGUGCCUAUUGAAAAGGCCUUUAGCUUUUGUUCAGGUAUGUUCUGUAAAAUAUGCACUAUAACUGGAGAGACAAACGUAUAAACCAAAUGUUCAUCAAUAAGCUACUGUAGCACUUAAUAUGUAUAGCCGACAAAUUUUGAUCAAGGAACAUCGUUCAGAUUCAUUAUGAAAGUCGAAGAUCAUAUGCUGAGCUUUGUUUUUCACGGUUUAGAGAUUUAUAUAGGUUAUAAGACCGCUACAAGCAUCCUUACCUUUAGCUUUUCAGCCAUUUCGGUUCGCCUUUCAAAAGAAAACUUGUAACGUAAAUUUCUUACGGAAAGCGUGAAGUUUUAAGCCGCUUAUUUAUUAAUUUAACAUUGCGCUCAAUGUUUUUAGCUGCUCAUACAAAUUACUUGUCAACUGUCAAUCUGUCAAUAACAAGUACCGUUGACAUUAGCGAACUAGGAUUCUCUUUUUUGGUACAGAACGAAUAAGUCGAUAAAUAGUCCAGUAAAUAAAAGCGUCAAUAUUUCGUAAAUACAUUUAUCAUUUGAUAAAGGUGUAAUCGCUAACAUGUUAAUUAUUAUCUAUUAGCGAAUCACAAUUUGAGGGUCGCUUAGGACGUAGAAAACUAUAACCCAAAAUGUUACUUGACUACAAGAUGCUGCUACUGUAUUUGAAUACAUCAUUUUUAUCAAGAGAAACCUGACAAUUCUAUAGAUUUUUUUACACGAUUCAAGAUUAAACGCUUGGAUACACAAUGAACAUGUGUUUAAGCUAACGGUUUAACGCUGGUUUCUAAAUAAAGGAUAGAAAAUUUUUCGAAAAAUCAUUCGUCUUAUACACUUCCGUUCAAAUUGUUAUCUAUUGAGGAGAUUCAACGUUCCCGACUGACCCUUUUCUGUAACACACACUGAUACAAAAAACCUGAAUGCAUCAAAUGUGGUUUUAAUGACCUCUAUCGUGCGAAGGAGGGGGGGGGGGGUAGUUAAAACCGAAUCCGAAGUCAUUCACUAGUAGCUGAUCUCGUGUAUCAUGUACAUUCUAAUUCUAGCGCUAAAUUGACAUCGAAUUCGGAUUUUACGCACCCGAAUCACUCAAAAAACAAGCCUGUAUCGGUGCAUAUAUGCCAACGAUGCUCUGUAAAUUAAGAUAAUGUAAAAGCUUGAAUCUCAUCGUGAAAAGACCUCAAGGGUCAUGGUGUGCCGAGUUGAGGGUGAAAUUAAUAAAACAUGAAUCUCAGCAAUAAAUAGACAUCGAAUUCGGAAUCUACGCACUAGAUUUAUUGAUGAAACUAUGUUUUAUCAAGAUCAUGAACGUACAGCAAUUUUUGAAGAUUUUAUGCGAGUCGUAUUUUGAUAAGUACCAAGAAUUUUGCCAGUAUCUGCAAAAUGUGACAUUUCUGGACCAAAUGGGUCCCGGGCUCGGAUUCAGUGAGCUAAAAAACAUUUUAUAAUGAUCUUUGGGCUUACGUUUGACACAUCGUAGAUAUUUAAAGGAUUUGUGAAAACUCUUGUAUAUGUAUUUAAUGACAAUCGAACCUUAUUGUCCAGCCUAUAAUCACUUAUUCGUUACGUACCGAAAAUUCUGGAGUCCAGUGCGUGAUUAUGUAAAUGACGUUAUGGAUUGUGAUAGUAAAUUGAUUUUUUUUGGCUUUUAAAGUUUUAUUUGCUUAAAAGUUGCCAUAACAGAAAACUUUUGUUUGUUAGACUAGGGAAUGAAGUUAGUAACGGACGAGAGAAAUCUCUUUUCGAUAGUCCGCAUCACGUGUCUUUGCACAGCACCCUCUAUUGAGGAAAGGAAUAACUUCAUUGUUAUUGCUUACAGUCAUCUACCCUACCUGGUGUAGAGAUGUGAUUUUCAAAAGAUCAACAUUCGAUAUUUUUAAGAAUAUGUACGAGUUUACUUUUUUAAAAACCUAAAUAUAACUUGUAGAAUAUAAUGUACAAAAUAAAAUAAAUCGGCAAACACGAAAAACUAAAAGUUUUACAAAACGUCGAAUAGUUCAACAGCAAGAUCGAUAUAAUGGAGUCUAAUUGUGUAUCAUCCUCAUAAAUUAUUAGCCUGGAAGCUCGAUGUGUCAAAAUCAAGUGUAGCAAGAAAACCAGAUGAUCGCGAUUUCCUAAUUUCACGUGAUCUUCAGUCUAGGUUUAUUUAAAAGGCGUUGUAAAAGAUCAGUCGAGAAAAAUGGGGCAGUUGAGGAGUUUGUUAACACUUUUGAGUUUAUUUUUAGGUUUUACAAUAAUCAAUUCAACAGAAUUUGUUCCUGUAUAUAUGUGGUCUAGUGCAAGGGCUAAUGCUAAAGUACCCGGGCUGCACAAAAUUAGUGAAGAUUCUUUUAGAGAUGGAAUGUUAGACUGGCUUAAUAAGGACAAGGCUUUCAUUCUUGUAUUUUCUGAAGAAACUUUGAGUCCAGAAGAUUUUGCUCAAUAUGACCGCACUGGUGGAAUACUCUAUUCAAAUUUGGCUAAAUUGAAGCAAUCUCAAAAAGUAUCCUAUUUGCCAUAUGUUCAGAAUCCUAUUGGAGCUCUGAAGCAUUUAAAUGCUGACAUACAGGAAAUGCCUGUGGAGAAACUUAUAAACGAAAAUUUCAAUAUUCCUGAGACUGAUAUUUUGAUUAUCAACUUGAUUGAUGCUAAAGACUUUGAAGAUAGGUUAGACAUGCUGAAACGACAUGAUACUGUGGUGUCUCGUAUCUAUGAAAAAGUCCUGCAAAGCCGCAAGAAUGUUUUGGCUUUAUACACAGCACAACACACAUCAUGGGUUGGUUCCGAGAACGUGUAUCAAUCACGGAAAAUUAGAGCUGUGAGUGAUGGUACAGAGGAUAGUGGUCACUUCCACUCAACAAAGAAUGCUUAUCUUUACUACUCCAAAGCUGAAUAUGUUGAUAACACGAAACCAGAAAAGAAAAGGGAACAACUGACAUUCGCAAAUUUCCAAAGCGAGGUCACAAAUGAUUCAGCAAAACUGCAAUUAAGUUUAACUGACCCAAAAAAUGCUAAAUUGGAGGUCACGCUCAAUUUCAAUAAUUCAAAGGGAUAUUACGAGUUAGUAGAACCUGUUGAGCUGAAAAUUGAUACAGCUACCCAAUCUCUUACUUCAACAUCAGAUAUGUACGCUCCAAAUUAUUUCUCAUACCACUGUGGAGAUCAGCUAUUUUCCAAUGGCAACUACAGCCUGUUUUUCAAAGACUUCCAGGUGGAGCUAUUCUUUGGUCCCCUUCCAAACAAUACCAAGUUCUCUGAUGCUUACGAUUGUGUAGGAUUCACAUCAGUACCUAUUUGGUCCGGACUAUUUGUAACAAGUAUUCUUCUGUUCAUCAUGACUUUUGGCAUCACAAUGAUGAUGGACAUCAGAACGAUGGAUCGAUUCGAUGACGCCAAAGGCAAAACCAUCACUAUCAAUGCUGAAUAAGUAAUGAUUCACUUAAGUUUCACUCAACAGACUGUGUUGCAAUUUUAAGAUCACAUUUUAUUAUAAUUCAAGUCCGUGAUUCAGGUUUGUAAAUUGAACGAAUAUACACCUAAUAUGAAACUAUUCACUACCGACAUUUAUAGGAUAUAGUUGAACCUAAGAGGCGGUAUACCAAGAGAAGUUUGCUGGUCGCCUUCAUUGGCCUUGUCCUUGAAAGCAGUGUUGCCAAGUCGCCGUAAAUAUUUAAAAGCUGCUAUAUUUAUAUUAUAUUAACACCGUAUUAAUUUCUUCCAAAUAACAACGAGGGGAAACGUAAUUUUGUGUAUUUAAAUUAGUUUUUUCUUGAUAUGCCUCCUUUUUGGUUGAAUUUCUGAAUUUAGGAGCAAAGAUGGUUCAACAGAAAACGGAUGAUUAUUCCACAUGUUCACGCACAUGAUUAUGAGUAAAUGUAAAUGAUUUUGAGCAUUGUUCAACGUAUUUUACCAACCAUGUAGUGUAAUCAGGAACCUAAAAAGGGAUCCGAAAGAGCCUAGCGCCAUCUAUGAGAUGUUUGGUUCUGCUACAUUCUUAUAGAUGGCGCUAUGAUCUUUCUGGUCCCAUUUUGAGCGACAGACUACCAUGGUUGUCUAUCUUUGGGUUAGUUAGUUAGUUCGAAAUAGAAUGAUCUUUGUUCCGAUAUUAAUCGAUACAAUGAAGUUUUUCAAUUACCAUAGGUACUCAAUUUAUAGUUCGACAGUGCGAGGGCCAUUUUUUGAGCAAGAACCGUUUUGUGAAGGAGUCAGAUAAACUUUAUUUAUGAAUAUAAAUUGUACCAAAAACUAAACUAUGAACAUUUUUUUUCAUUUUUCAACAUAGUCACCAUAAACAUUUGUCCACUCCCAACGAAAUUUGUCCAGUUGCGACUGUGUUCUUGCCGAGCGUUGCCGUGAACAAAAAAAUGACCCCGCUUAAUAGCCAGCUAAGCUUCAGUUAUGAUCCACGGCAUUUAUAGUAGGACGAACUUUUUUGCGUUUAACGCCGAAUUACUGAGCGUACUUACAAUAUAAUCACGCAAUCAACAGCGACAGAGACGAGAAACGUAAUUGCGGCGUAGUGAAAGACUGGCCAAGAGUGUCUGAGGUUGAACGGACGUCACGUGGCAGGAUGCGGGGAAACGAUGCUUGAUAAUCGGUUCUUACUUUAAAAUCGCCCUCGUAUAAUAUUCCUUGAAAAAAACGGUGACGAUGAUAGCUAGUUCAAGUGUCAAGUACAGUAGAGCUUUCAAAAAGCCGACUCUUGAUUUGGCUGUCGUUCUCGAUAAUUAUCAAUUAGCAAUUCCUGCCUAUAGAUCAACGAAAAAUUGUGAAGCAAAAAAGCAAUUAAUUAUAACGCAAAAAACUAGAUGGCACUUUGUGCUGUAUUAUUUCUACAAAGAUUGUAGCACAGUAACUGUGAUCUGUGGAAGAAAAUGAGUGGACCUUCCUUUCUAUCUCAGUAUUACACCUUUUAAGAUAUGAAUCCAAAAGGCUAAAUGUGAUAACUAAGCAUAUGUUUUUUAAUGACGGCCCAGGUUUAAUAUCUUAAAAAGUUUUGUUACUGUCGGGCAUACUGCCUAAAUCUAUUUCUCUUGGACCUAUAGUGUGAUCCCCUAAAUGUUAAAUGUUACCAUCUUCAGAUAAGUUACGCGUAUUGGGUUCCCAAAUGGUAUCCAUACAGUGAUUCAUAUCCAUCUUGGAUUAUUUUUUGUUAAAUUUCAUUAUACAGUUUUGCACUGCCCUAAUUGACUAUGUAAUGAAAAUAAAAUUAAAUGAUGGUUACCAUGAUCUUGACCGCGACCUUCAAAAUCGUUCCAAGGUCAAGCGAAUUUUUCAAGUUCCACCGAAAUUUUACGUUCCAAUAUGACAUUGACCUUCAAGUAAAGGAACUGAAAACAACUUGCUCUAGCAGAAACGUUGAUGGGUUCAUUCAUAGGUGACCUUGGCCAUUACCUUCAAGAUCAUGUCGAAAUUGUACACGUUUAAAUAUAAAAUGUCUUGCUGUCUUCAAUUUUGGCAUAAAAGUCAAGAGGUUGCCUUACAAACAACUUUAAUAUUGUCUUGUGUUUGACUGACUUUGAGGUCAAUGUCACAUUCGGCUUCUUCCGAUUCCAAAAGUUUUGACUCGAUCUUGAAGUUUAUGGUUUUCAAUGUCGUUCCUUGAGCUUGAAAUGAUCUUGACGGUCACGUCAAGGUCACCAUCAUUUCGCUCUACAACAUUUGAAACUUUUGUCCUGUAUCCUAUUUUGAAAUUGUAUCCCAAACUUUUCUGGCUGAUCGAGCCAGUUAUGUUUCUUCCUGGUGUAUAUUUCAUAAACAAUUAUAAUACUCCGUUGCUUAUUGGGAAAGGAAAAAUACGUGAAAACUGCUAUUAUGGUUACCAUGAAGCACCCUAUACAAUAAUGUUACUUGAAUGUUUUGUGUAUAAUUGUAGUAGAAGACAUUCCGGAACACGUACAUUUUGCACACAUGAGCAUGGGAUGUAGGAUCAUGUCAAUACAAAAUUUCAGGGUUUUUUCACUGGCCUUUAACAUGUCAAGGAAUUUAAAGAAUUUACUCGAAACAAGCAAAAACAACGAUGGAUUCACAGGAUAAUUCAUAACUAAGCUUAAAUCAUCAAAUUUGGAAUUUGAACGCGGUGUCUGAAAAAAUAAUCUUUUUAUCAUCAGAAACAGUGAAUAUCUCAAAUAUAUUUAAAAAGUGUGGACCUGACAGUUGGAAUAUACUCAAAAGAUGCGUUAUCGAUACUUUUUAUUAUACCUAACAAGGCUGGACAUGUUGUUGCUCUCAAUACAAGAUAGCUAAUUAAUGAAUCGAGGGUAAAACUCUUUUCCAUAGGAAUGCGAUAAUGAAACACUGAAAGAAUUCUCUUAAGACGCAAGGUCCUCUUAACUUUGAUCUUUCACGGGCUUGGAGGUCCUGUAGCUAUACGUACAGGCCCCCAUGAUUUGAAUGUAACUUCUUUAUUUGCUAUUUUUAAAUAUUCUAACGAGAUUGUAUAAGCUGAUAUUAUGAACCAUCCUGCCUGCAUUGUUUUUGGCAUUUUCUGUGAACAAAAAAACGGCUAUCAAAGUCAAAACUUCAGAACGCAAAUAUUUGUGAAGUGAAAACGUUGAUCUACUUUGAAUAACAAGUAAUCGAUAAUUUCAAUACCUCUUCACAAAGUUUGAUGGUUGCAGGAUAUAUUUUGAUAUUCCAUCAAGUCAAAAACCCUGCAUUUUCCUUUUUUUAAAAUAAAUGUUUGACAGUAUAUUUCAUCGAAUAUGGCCUAACAAUUUGUACAGCAAUUUUUAUAAUUUAUGUGAUACACAUAUUGGUUACUCAGAAACCAGGGUAUUCGUUGCCAAAAUUAUUUAAUGCACUGAAUCCGAAGCCGUGGCUCAAUUCUUCCAAUUGGCUCUUGGUUCCGAGAAAGCUUAACCUAAAGUGCAAAUAUUGCGAUUUUUGAAUAUGUUUGAAUUUAUAUUUUUGCACCUUUCGGUUAGGAUAUCUCGGAAACUAGACCUAAUUGAGACAUUUGAACCACAAAUUCGGAUUUAGCGCAUCGAAAACCUUCAGGAAAGUAUAAUCUGGAUUCUGGGUAAAAAUCUUCUCGGUCUCGUAAAUAAUUAUGUAACGAAAAACCACAAGAAAUAAUAUGCGAGCCAAAUAUUUUCUUUUUAUGGAGUAUCGCAAAUAUACCCUGUUUAUCAAUGCUUGUUAUUUUGAUUAUUUUAAAGGGCAUCAUUUGAUGAAUUACCAGGGAAGAUAUUUUUGUCCCUAGGUCUUUUAAACCUACCGUGUGCAUUACUUUUGUUUAUAUUACAUUAUUUCAAGGCUGCUGUUUUAGCUUUGUCCUUGAGAUAUAGAGAAAAUUAAAACUAUACUGUAUACACAAUUUAUAUAUGACAAUAGUAUUUUUAUCUUUUUGGGAUUUAUACCUAGUAACUUGUUGUUCAAGUAGUAGUACAAUAAUUGUUAAACAUGUAGCCUUGACGUUUAGUUGACCGGAUGAACUUGUGACCUUUCCUCCAUAUUUCUAAGUCAUGCUUUUCCAAAAUAAUUUUCCUCAAAUCAAAUAUACCAGCAUAGUUUUUUCAUACUCAGGCGAAGGAAAGAAAGUGGAAUUUUACGAUGUUACAAACGUUAAUGAAUGUCGAAUUAUACAAAAAUAUUAUACAUCCAGUAGUGGGAUUUUUCUAGCUAUUUUUUGGCCGUCUACUUGAUCGUGGAGCCACGGAGCCACAGAAAUAUCUGACACUAACUUUUUUUAAUGGGACCUUAUGGUUUAACAUCUACUGGUUAAUCUGUAUGGGAGGGGGGUUUGCCUCUGAAAAUAACUCAUAUUUUAAGUAGAUCGCAUCUGUCAAAUUUGGCAUUUAAAUAUUUCAGUACAUGUUUUUAAACUUUCAUCAUUUCUCCUUUAUUUUAAUACUUGCUCUUUGAAAAUACAAGGUUUGUGAUUUUGUGGCAUUUUUGGCCAAAAUUCACCCAUUUCAAACAUUUAACUCUAAUUAUUUUUAUACGAGUGCAUUGUUGCAACAUUUUUAACUAUAAAAAUAAAAGUUGAAUUGUCAUUAUAAUUUUGUAUUUAUUUUUUCCAAUUGUUUUUAUCGCGAUCCUUUUUAUUAUAGAUUUAGAUACAUUUAGACCUAGGAGGUCUCGAUGAUUCUUACAAACACGUAGUUCCUCACUAAUGGCUACUAUAUUGUCAAUUUGCAGCUAAACUUAUACUUAGGGAAAACAUAUAACACACCACAUAGGCAUGCGAGAGUCGUCUUUUUCUAUGAAAGGGACAUUCUGAAAUCGAGACACUAUACACUUACUGUUUUUUUUUUUCAUAAUCUACGUUUACCUUAAUAGGUAUUUCGAUUUUGGGAUUUCCGAAAAACUUGGAACUACUUGUCGUUCACUUCAUGUUCACUUGUAGUAGCUGUGCGUGUUGCCUAAACGUCGCGACACUUGAGCUAUAUCGUUUGGCUUCGAUGUUAUCUAACAUCUGCUUCAGAGCAAUAUGGCUAGGCAAUGCCUAUGGCUUGAGUUGUAAAUUCUAUAAUAUAGGUCUGUAUUACAUUUCUCCAUAGGUGACAUUAUAUCGAUUUUUAAUGACAUGUUUCAAUAUAAGGUGGAGGAAAGGCACCAGACUUUCAAGUUAACUAGACUAGUUUGUUACUGACGAUUAGCUAAAGCUUUGGCCUGUUAGGGCUGUUAGGUCUGUAUUGUAUAUUGUAGGAGGGUACCUUGUUAGUUUACUUUGUAAAUAAAGAUACAUGAUGUACAUCUACCCCUGUUGUUAUAGAUUGAUAUUAAAGUGCCCUUAGUUUUUUCCAUUUCACAUCGCCCAUUUUUUGAAAGUAUCUUGUAGAGAUCUAUUUAUACAUGUGUUAGUAAACUUUUGGUGAUGGUUAAUAGUUACUGUAGAAAGGCUCUGUAAAUAUUUUUUGUUUAGUAUGUUAUUUUAUGCCAAAAAAGUGUAAUAUGUCAAAAUACAUAAUGUAAAAGUAUAUCAA